CGGGCGCUCCAACCCUUCCGCUUCGAUGUGGUCAAAAAGAGGUGUACUACAUAUGUAGACGUCAUGUCAACUGGUGACCUCUAUGCAAGCGCAAUCUGAAUGUUCACUUUUCUCUAUGAUAUGCAGGGAGACAGCUGGUGCAGGAAAGCCUUAUUUGGGCGACCGAGGUAUUGGAGGAAAGCGAUGGAAAAUGAGAACUCAGUACUACUGUUGAAGCUGAUUGUCCUCUAUGUCAGUCAGGAUGAAGAGAACAAAAACAUGACAGUGGAAGCAAUCUGAAUCUGUCCGAAGAAGAAAUCUGCGCCGGAACAAGAUGUAGA